AUGGUAGAUUCUGGAUUUCACGAUUCGAUCGUAUUGUCUUAUUUUAAACAUAAGAACUUCAACACUUCCCUACGAAAAAUGAGCGACGACGUGCCAACGCAGCCGACGAUCCGUGGGUCCGACGGGCCGACGCUUCAGCUUGGCAACGCGAAGGUGUUUGAUUUCACAGGUACGGCGGCGAGCCCAAGCACAAAAGAGUACUUGGACCAAAAGUUACCGGGUGGUCUUGAGGACACAAAGAAAGUGGUACUGAAGAAAUCAAUUGAUGAGGAAAUCGCAUCGCAAGUGCAACUCCUGCCCAUCGGGGAGGUCGCAAAGCUGCUGGGACUCACGGAUGCGGAAGUUGAUCCCUACGGCAAAACGAAAGCGAAAAUCAGUUUGGCGAACACUGUAUGAAAGGAAGCCCAAUGAAAAUGGUGCUCGAUAAUGACAUUUCGAAUUCUAGAAAGCACAAGGAUAUUGUCUUUAUCACCUGUUAAUAUCCGUAUUUCGUCAUUAUACUAACGAAUAAUGAUGUUUUGUGCCUUAUUGCAUUCUCAGGUAUAAUCAAUCCCAAUAUGUGCUAUUAUCUAGAGGCUCAUCAUGAUCAUCUUUCAUAUCUCGGUCUUGACCGGAGAAGCCUUUCAUAGCAAGGGAACUCUUGCAGUAGCAAGGCACCAGGUAAGCUGAUCCUGGUUACUGGCAUGACACCGACAAAGGCAGGGGAGGGCAAGACCACGACGACUGUUGGCUUUACGGACGCUCUGAGAUUGUUGGGCAAAAACGCAGUGGCCUGUCUGCGCGAGCCCAGCCUUGGCCCAGUGUUCGGCAUGAAAGGAGGCGCGGCCGGUGGGGGGUGGUCUCAGGUAUAAUCAAUUUCUCCUACAACUCCUCGUUUUAGUGUCCAUGCAUAAGAAUGUCAUAGAUACGGAUCUUCAAAAGAAAAAGUUUAUUUAGGUUACAAGCCUUCCACCCUUACACUCGCUAUCCUCGAUAUACUUAAUCAGGUAGUCCCGAUGGACGAAAUCAAUUUGCAUUUCACCGGCGAUUUUCAUGCAAUCACAUCCGCGCAUAACUUGUUAUCAGCUAUGGUGGACAAUCACAUGUAUUGGCAAAAGGAGCCGAUCCUAGAUGCCAGACGGAUAACCUGGAAAAGGGUUCUCGAUAUGAACGACCGCGCAUUGCGAAAAAUAAACUGCGGGCUCGGCGGACCGGGAAAUGGUAAAUCAAGUCAAAAAUACUUCUUUAGGAGUCGAAAUACUUCUUUAGGUAUGCGAAGUCGAAAUACUUCUUUCGGAGAUCGAGCGUGCCUCGUGCCUCUAAGUCCAACUACCUUAAGGAGCUCCUAACAUUAAUGUAUUUGAAAUAGAGAUAGCGAAUUCGAAUUCUUGCCUUUAUAAUCUAUCGCCAGGCUAUCCUCGAGAAGACGGCUUCGACAUCACAGUGGCGUCGGAAGUAAUGGCAAUUUUAUGCCUAGCAACCAAUUUUCAGGAUCUCGAGAGACGCUUAGGGAAUAUCUGCGUCGGCUACACACGAAAGAGGCAAAUGGUCACUGCAGCUGACUUAGGGGCCGCAGGCGCGAUGGCGGCAUUGCUGAAAGGUACGCUUCUUUGUAUAAAUGUUUUCAGAGCUGAAAUUGACAAAUGAAUUCCUUUUUCCGAAGAAACAAAUUACAAGCUUUCAGCUUUGCUAUUUCUGUAUACUAAACGGGGCAAUAUCAUGACACGUUCCAUCCAUCCUCCAGACGCCUUCCGUCCGAACUUAGUUCAGACGCUGGGACGCUCGCCGGCUUUGGUGCACGGAGGGCCGUUCGCAAAUAUAGCGCAUGGAUGCAACUCAGUGCAAGCGACGAAGCUAGGAUUGCAACUCGCGGAUCUAGUGGUAACCGAAGCGGGAUUUGGCGCAGAUCUUGGCGCAGAAAAAUUCUGUGAUAUCAAUUAUGAACCGUGGUGGACUGCAAAAUCCAUGCACUUUUCUGGAUUGUUAGUAACAAAAAUUGAGUGACGUCGACGUGACUGAUAUGAAAAUGAAACGCUGCGCACCUGUUUAGGUUUCGAAUCAAUGUCAAUCAUUUUUCGACACAAGCAAACUCUAAGCUCAAUGCCGGCAAGCGGGUCUGACGCCGAGCGCAGCAGUUCUCGUUGUCUCAUCGCGUGCCUUAAAGCUUCAUGGCGGUGUGAAACAAGACGAUUUGAAAAUCGAAAAUUUGGAAGCCAUCAAGGAAGGUCUUGCGAAUGUUAAGCGGCAUUGCGAGAAUUUGCAGAAGUUCGGACUGAAGAUAUUUGUGUGUGUCAACAAAUUCCCGACAGAUACACCUGCAGAGCUCGAUCUUAUUUGCUCUCUGUGCCAAGGGUUCCCUAACGUAGCUGCAGCCGCGGUUGGUGAUCAUUGGGCGCAAGGCGGCGAGGGGCUAAAGCCUUUAGCUGCAAAGUUAUUGGAGUAUCUUGGUACUUUGUUCUGAUCAUUCUUCGUAUUCUGUCUUAAUCCAUUUCCAUGGAGUUUGUUAGAGAAAGUUUUCUUCUCGCUGUCGCUCUUGCUACAGUGAACUAUUCAUGGUUUUUUAGAAGGUACUCUGUGAAGGUGGCAAUCAAUGCUUUACACUCUUUGGAUAACAACAUUAUCAAACAAAGUCGAAAGAAACCACGUCACUCAGAUUCCGAGACGGCAUCAGCAGAUGGGUUCCGUCCGCUGUACCCCAGAGAGAUGCCCUUGAAGGAGAAAGUUUCGACGAUCGCAACAGAAAUCUAUCGUGCUCGAAGUGUCGUCUACAGCGAUGAGGCUGCUACGAAAAUAAAGCAACUCCAGGAUAAUCCCAUCCACAGAAACUUUCCGAUCUGUGUAGCGAAGACGCAGUACUCCUUCUCGGACGACGCAAAAAAGAUCAACGCCGCGGUCGACCACGAAUUGCACGUCUCGGAAGUACGCUUGAAUGCAGGUGCAGAAUUCAUCGUCGUAAUUUGUGGGGCGAUCAUGACCAUGCCUGGGCUGCCGGAGAAGCCUGCGGCGGCGAGCAUCGGGCUGGAUAGCGACGGAAACGUCGUGGGGCUUUUCUAAGUCCCUAAGGCAACUCUGGCAUGUCGCUAAACAUAUUCUACUAGCUUGCUACAUUAGGUGAAUCUAGUAUUCCAAAGUUACAACUUGCUUACUCAAACUCUGCGGUCCUCUUCAUUCUUUUUCACCUGAAGUUAUAAUCCGUAGCCUUCAGGAGCAGCUUGACUUCAAGCUAGUGCAGACGACUAUCUCUAGGCCCGUGUAAGAAAGUAUCGCUGAUGCAGGAUCAGUGUUCUUUUGUUGUAGUACCAUUUUGCCGAAAGCCAAUGAACAUGACUAUGCAUAGCCCGUAUCAAUCUUCUACGUACUUGCAGUUUUAAGCGCAUACCUCAUCAAUGAACUUCUACGGGUACGGUGUCAUCUCGUCUUUAGAAAUGAUAGAUAAUGAACAGAUUUAGAAUUAGAUCAAUAAGCUUCAUUUUCGUCUUCCUGCUUGUUAAUUGAGACUUGCUUCACUUACAGCUUUGCGAUGUUAAAAAGAAACUCUGGACGUGGGGCUAGGUCUCUCUGCUAGGGCAUUCAUUGCGUGCUUAAGAGCCACCAGGGAGCAUUGUGGAAAGAACCAGCGGACCCGAUAUUCACGAUGAGUUGCCCCUCAAUUUCAUAUUUCACGAAGCACAACUUUCACAUGGCGAGACAACAUGACAAAUGCGGACUGUUUAAUAUGUUUGACAUUCGAAUCUAUCGAAGAAUCAUGUCAAGAAAGCAAAAUCGGG